AGUUCUCUCUGGGCAACUGUCACCCUUCCAGGGACGUUUGCCUUCUGCUCAAGGAGAAACGUUCCCUCUGGAGGCCUGGGCUGCAGGUGCCUCCGGUGGCCCCCAGUUCCCUGACGUCGGGCCCGCCGGCGUUUUGGUGGAGCAGGUGGAGCAGGCCGCGCCUGGAAACCGCAGGGCACACCUCCUCUAGCCUAGCGCCGCCCUCUGUGAACCAAGACCCCGGCCUCCGCAGGCCACAGUCCCAUGCAGGACGCCCGAGUAGACAUGGGGCCCCAGGCUUCCCCGGCCCAGAUUUCUGAGGACACCUUGGCCGAGGAGGCCGGGAACGCCACGAAAAGAACCCUGCAAUUGGGGACGGUUUCCGCUAGCCUGAUCAAGUUCCACGCUUUCCCACAACAGGGGAACGAUCAGGCUGUGGCCAGGCCCGCCCUUAGGAAGAAAACACGAGAAGGGAAAGAAAGUUUGGAAAGGCCUUGUGGCUUGGGCUGUAUAGUGAUUCCCAGCUGUCAGCGUUUCAACAACAUCCAGUGCUUCCUGGUUUUCUUCUGCAUCCUGGUCGCCUCUCAAGGUAUUGUGUUUGGUCUUGUAGAUCUAAGCAUUGACACUUUUCAGAAGGAGAAUCAUCUGGGGACCAGUGAAAAUUUAGUGUUAUCUUUGACUUAUGAUAUUUCAUCUUGCCUGAUAGUACUAUUUAUAUCAUACUACGGAGGGAGAGGAAACAUACCAAGAUGGAUUGCAUUUUCUUCCUUUUUAGUAGGAGUUGGCUCACUUUUCUUUGCUUUUCCAUACAUUAGUGAUGGACGUUAUCAAUUGAGUGCAGACCCUGAAGAUACUUGCCAAGAAAUGAAGAUCAUCAAGACUUGCAGGAAAGCCUCACCAUCAUUCCAAGCAAAAUACAUAGCUUCCUUCAUCCUGGGGCAGAUUGUGCAGGGAAUAGCAGGCAUGCCUCUUUAUAUCCUUGGAACAAUCUUUAUUGACAACAGUGUUGCCACACACUCAGCUGGCAUUUAUCUAGGCUUAAUGGACGCUUCAUUAAUACUUGGAUAUUCUUUGGCUUAUGUGAUAGGAGCACCCCUUAUGAAGGGGACUGAAAACAGUACUUUUCUUAUUAGUGUUGAAGACAUUGAUGAUCAUCACAAGUGGCUGAGGAGUUGGUGGAUUUAUUUCGGUUUUGUCUCACUUACUGCAUGGAUAACAUUAAUACCAUUGUCAUGCUUCCCACACAGUGUACGAGGUACAGCAAAGAUAAAAGCUGAGAAACGUAAACAGCUUCAUCCGUUUGACAACAAGUUUAAAGAUAAGGAACUUGGAACUAGUAUCAAGGAUUUAUUUGCUAAUACUUGGGUUCUGAUGAAGGAUCCAGUAUUUAUAUGCCUAGCUCUGACCAAAGCUUCAGAAUCUUUAGUUCUUAUUGGAGCUUCUGAAUUUUUGCCUAUAUAUAUAGAAAAUCAGUUUGUAUUAACACACACCACAGCAACUAAAAUCGCAGGCUUUGUUUUGCUUCCAGGAGGUGCGCUUGGCCAGCUUCUGGGAGGUAUCAUUGUUUCCAAGUUACACAUGUCUUGUAAAGCCCUUAUGAGAUUUACAAUCGUUACAUCUGUUAUAUCACUUGUAUUCUUUGGGUUUGUAAUUUUUGUACGCUGUGAUACAAUACCAUUUGCUGGGAUCAAUGAAGAUUAUGACGGAACAGGACAGUUGGGAAACCUGACAGCUCCUUGCAAUUCUCAUUGUAGAUGCUCAUCUUCACUAUAUUCUGCUAUAUGUGGAAGAGAUCAUAUUGGAUAUUUUUCUCCUUGCUUUGCAGGCUGUAUACAAUCUAAAAUAAUACAAAAUGACAAGACAUACUACAAUUGUUCUUGCAUUCAAGAAGGAUUAACAACUGCAGAUGACCAAGGUGAUUUUAUUGACGCUAGACCUGGGACGUGUGAUGCAAAGUGCUAUAAAUUACCUUUGUUCAUUGCUUUUAUCUUUUCUACGAUUUUAUUUUCUGUUUUUUCUGGUAUACCAAACACCCUGACCAUCCUUCGGAUUGUAUCUGACAAUCAACGUUCUUUGGCCUUGGGUUUGGCCUUUGUGUUUUUGAGAAUAUUUGGGACUAUACCUGGACCAAUAGUUUUUAAAAUGACAGCAGAUAUUUCUUGUAUCUUUCGGGAGACUGAAUACUGUGGGAAAAAAGGAAAUUGUUGGAUCUAUAACAAGAUGAAAAUGGCCUACCUAUUGGUAGGAAUAUGUUGUAUUUGCAAAGUAGUCACUAUCUUCUUCACUGCUAUUGCACUUUGCCUAUGUAAAUAUUUACCAAAGGAUAACAGUGAAAUCCUGCAUAUGCCUGUGAAGAAUCCAACAGUAAAAAAAAAAAGAAAAAACUAAUUUAUAACUGGAUCAUUAAUGUGGAAGAAUUAUAUACUGUCAGUCCAUCAAUGGAAUGUUAUACUAAUAAAAUUUGAAAUAAUUAUAAUAUAGUUACAUGUUUAAUAAAUGAAUGUGACUCAUA